UAAGAAUUUGAUCUCUGCCAAACGCAACCAACCUGAUCAUAUGACCCUGGGAAACUAUGGCUACUGGGAACCCUAUAGAAAGCCUCCAGAGUGAAGCAACUUGUGCUAUUUGCCUGGAAUACUUUAAGGACCCAGUGAUUAUAGAUUGUGGGCAUAAUUUCUGCAGAGGUUGUAUCAUCCAGUGCUGGGAAGUAUCCGGUACAAACUUCUCCUGCCCUGAAUGCAGACAAACGGUUCAGCCCAGAAAUUUCAAGUUGAACAGGCAGCUGGCAAACGUUGUAGAAAUAACUAAACAGCUGCAAUUAGAGACAGAAGAUGGAGCAGGAAGUCAGAGGCUGUGUGAUACACACCAGGAGUCUCUGAAGUUGUUCUGUGAAGAGGAUCUGACACCCAUCUGCAUGGUGUGUGACAGAUCCAAAGAGCACAGCUUUCACACCGUGGUUCCCAUUGAGGAGGCUGCUCAGGACUACAAGAAAAACAUUCAGGUGUAUUUGGUGAUUCUGAACAAAAAAAGAGAAAAACUCCUGAACUUUAAGGCAAGUGAGGCAAAGAGAGUCCGGGAGCAUCUGAAACAGACAGAAGCUGAGAGGCAGAAGAUUGUGUCUGAAUUUGAGCAACUGCACCAGUUCCUGAAGGACCAAGAGCAACUCCUGCUGGCCCGGCUGGGAGAGCUGGAGAGGGAGUUUGUGAAGAGUCAGGAGGAAAAGAGUUCUGAAGUGUCAAAGGGAAUAUCAGUUCUCAACAAAGUCAUCGCUGAUCUGGAGGAGAAAUGCCAGCAGCCAGCUAGUGACUUCCUGCAGGACAUCAGACGCAUCUUGAACAGAUGUGAGAAGAUGAAGGAGUUCUGCAAGCCCGAGGGGAUUUCUCCAGAACUGGAACAAAGACUCCUCCAUUUUUCUAGGAAAAACAUUGCUGUGAAGGUAGCUCUGAAGAAAUUCAAAGAUGCUCUACUGUCAGAACUGAAGACAGAAAGGGAGAAAUCCAGGGGAGGAGAUGGGCAGGUGAAUGUGACCUUGGAUCCAGAAACAGCCAGUCCCCAACUCAUCCUGUCUGUGGACCGAAAAAGUGUGACGUGGGGAGUAACACGGCUUAGUCAUCCUGAAAAUCCCCAGAGAUUUGAUGCUGCUCCCUGUGUGCUGGGCUGUGAGGGAUUCACAUCAGGAAAACAUUACUGGGAGGUGGAGGUGGGGGAUGCGGGAGCCUGGGCUGUGGGAGUUGCCAGAGAGUCUGUGAGAAGGAAGGGAGAGAUCAGUGCUCUGCCUGCAGGAGGGAUCUGGGCUGUGCGGAGAUGGGGCUUUCAGUACCAGGCUCUCACCUCCCCUAUGACACCCCUAUUUCUAAGUAGGAUUCCCCAGAGGGUCAGAGUCUCCCUAGACUGUGAAGGGGAGAGGGUGGGAUUUUCUGAUGCUGACAGCGAAGCCCAGAUCUUCACGUUCCCACUGCCCCCUUUCACUGGAGAAAGAAUCUGCCCUUUCUUUUCGGUCUGGGGCCUAGGAUCGCAGCUCACGCUGUAUUCCUGAGGCCUGGGGCAUUAAUGGAUCUCACGGAAAGAAUUCACCCAGUGUCUGAUGUCCUCAACUCUGUGGCCUGGUGUAGCCCUGCAUCUUUCUGCAAAGGUAGCUCAGUGAAAAAAUCAUUGGAGUUUCCAGCUGCGUGUCAGCAUGGAUCAUUCCUGCCUGCUUCUGUCUCUCCUAGUCUGAGGAAACACAGCGGGCCUACAGGGAUUAGGUUUGAAAUGGUUUGCUUGCUGUAAAGAGGGGAGGGUGCAGGAGAAUUUCCAGGAGGUGCCACCAAAGAUGACAUGCAGACACGUCGGUCUGAGGAGAACCUGCACCGACAUGCCCAGCAUUUCUCAAGCGGGGGUCUGCAGAGAGUUCUCUAUUUACGCGGUGCCAGCUUCUCCUCCCUGUGUUCAGCUGUUGUGUUACAUGAAUAUAUGUUAAAGUGUGGCCUUAGGAUAACUUCUGCAUCAUGGGUGAGUGUUAUAACUGCACAGGAGUAUUAAGGAAAGGGGUAGUGGUCCCUGAAGCCAUGUUUCAGGUGGUGGUACCUGAAGUCACACAACACAAGUUCAGUGCACAUAAACCACUUUCAGAAUGGGCAAAACCAGUUUAAGGUAAACCUGGAUGGAAAUAGUAUCAAACUUAAGUGAUUUAGGUUAAAUCAGUUUAUUGAACUUCUGAUCCACAUCCCCUCCAGAUUCAAGUAAGCUCACAGUCCCUCGGCAUCCCAGUGUAGCUCGGGUAGUACCCAAUUAUGUACUCCCCUUUCCAAUUGAAGGGAAUAUUAGCAGGGUAGGUGCACUGUGGGGUGAAACUGCCUGCUGCACCCAGUUUCCUUCCUUCCUUCCCCUAUAGAGGCAGGCCAGGACAUGCAAUAAACUUAACUAUGUCCAAAUUUAA